UGGGCAGAGAGAGAGGGAAGAAAAGAGGGCCAAUCGCGGAGAGAUUUCAGCAAUCUCUGAACCAGAGAGAGGGAGACGGCAGGAGCUCUCCCCACAUCUCCAAAACCCUCGCAUGGCAACCUCCGCCCGCUCCUUCUUGCUCCGCGGCGUCGCCGACCUCUGGCCGAAGCAGCAGCCGCCGCCCCUCCUCCCUCCCCUCCCUCGCCGCCUCUUCCCCGCUCCCCCCUCCCACGCCAGGCGGAGCUCCCCGCCCCCCUCCGCCACCGUCAGCUGCCUCAGCGGCGGCGUCUCCGACGACUUCGUCUCCACGCGCAAGUCCUCGCUCGACCGGGGCUUCUCGGUCAUCGCCAACAUGCUCAAGCGGAUCGAGCCGCUCGAUAAUUCCGUCAUCUCCAAGGGCGUUUCCGACUCCGCCAAGGACUCGAUGAAGCAGACGAUCUCCGCGAUGCUGGGGCUUCUGCCUUCGGAUCAGUUCGCCGUUACGAUUCAUAUCUCCGAGCAGCCUCUACGUCGGCUCCUCGUCUCCUCCAUCAUCACCGGGUAUACGUUGUGGAAUGCGGAGUACAGGAUGUCUUUGAUGAGAAACUUUGAUAGUUCCUCGGACGCUUCCAUGAAGAGGGAUUUGGUGAGCCAAAGUGAUGUUUCACAAGUGGAAGGUGAGGAGAGGCAGAGUGGAGAUGAGAGUGAUGUGUCUGUUGUAGAUUUGGAGGGAAGAAACGUGCAGAUAUUUGGUGAUUUAUCUCCGGAGGCAUUGAAUUACAUUCAGCAGUUGCAGUCAGAACUGGAUAUGGUCAAAGAGGAGUUGAAUUCACACAAGAAGGGAAACAUGCGAAUUCAGUUGGACAAAGAGAGUAGCAAUGAUUUGUUGAAUUACUUGCGGUCUUUAGAUUCUGAUAUGGUGAAUGAAUUAUCACAUCCCUCAUCGACACAAGUGGAAGAAAUCAUUCAGCAACUAGUUCACAACAUAUUGAGAAGGUUUUUUCAAGAUAAAAUGACCAGUGAAAGUGCUCUAGAGGGCAAGGAUGAAUUGUUUGACGUGAUAGGCACUUCAAGGGAUAAUUUAGCGAAACUCCUUUUUUGGUGUAUGUUGUUGGGUCAUCACUUGAGAGGCUUGGAGAACAGGUUGCAGUUGAGUUGUGUGGUUGGAUUGUUGUAGAGAUUAUAGGAGGCAUGUACAUUCUCUUCUUUUUCCCAGACGUUCUAUUUACUUAAAUUGCCAGUGGAAAAAUAAUCCCCAAUUUUUCAUCUCA